AUGAACGUCUUUGCCAGAACUACCCGAGUGGGCGCCAACUCCAUGAUCCGUAACCAAUUUGCGUUUUCCUCCAUCGCAAGAAAGUCAACCCUAACUCAAGUAUUUUCUGAGAAAGCCAUCCAUCCUAUUGGACCUUACUACUCUCAAGCCACCAAAGCCAAUGGCUUCGUCUUCCUCUCCGCUCAACUUCCCGCCGACUCCUCUUGUAAACUCGUCACUGGCAGUGUCAAGGACCAAGCACACAAGAUGAUCCAAAAUGCUUCUCAUGUCCUCGAAGCCGCCGGCUCCGAUCUUGAGAAGGUUGUUAAAGUGAAUCUGUUUGUCAAGGAUUUCCACAUGGUGGCAGAUAUCAAUGAGGUUUAUGGUGGGUAUUUCCCGCAGAAGCCGGCGAGGACUACUACACAGAUGCCAUUUUUGCUUGCUGGGGCGGAUAUGAUGAUGGAUAUGGUUGCUGUGGUUGACAAAGAGUAG